AUGUCAGAGGAACUGGCGAUCGGUUUCGUGGACCUGGAUGUCGGUAUUGUGUCAGUUGUGGGCAAUCGACGCAAACAACUCUUGAGACGACUGUCCGGUGGGUUCGAGUUCGGGACUAUCAGUGCACUGAUGGGGUCGAGUGGGUCUGGGAAGACCACCUUGCUCAAAUGCCUCAAUGGCAGUACACGCUAUACAUUGGGACCCAAGACACAGAUAUACGUGAAUUCGUGUCAUAAGAUUAGGUCGUGUUUCAUAUAUCAGGACCAAAAUGAACGGCUCCUGAAGGGACUGACAGUACGACAGGCGCUGACCUACGCGUGUAGACUGAAGAACUCGGAUGUGAAGAGUGGUUGUCCCGUAAGCCAUAGGAGUCGUGUCCGGGAACUGAUGGAUGAGCUGUUGAUUGGGGACAUCGGGUCGACUCGUGUGGAUGAGUGCAGUGGAGGGGAACUGAAGCGUCUGGUGAUAGCAAUGGAGUUGACGUCCGUUUUGUUGCCAAACGUGAUGUUCAUCGACGAGCCGACCACUGGUCUCGACUCCAACGCUGCGGAUGUCGUUAUUUCAUGUCUCAAGACAUUGAGUCGUAAGCAUAACAUAGCAAUCAUAACAUCCAUACAUCAGCCAAAUAAUGAGGUGUUUAUGCACUUCGAUAACGUGUAUGUGUUGGCCAGACAUGGGGUCAACAUAUACUGGGGUCGACCCCAACACCUCUCAGACCACUUACGCGAGUGUGGCAUCACAUGUGGCACUGGACCUGAUAAUGAGAUCCAGUUUCCGAUUGAAGUUUUACUCAAAUACUCAUCAAAACCUAUAAAUGAUUCACACGUUAAGAGAUUAUCGGAUAAAAGCCGAGAAUUGAGAGACAAUUUGUUGAAUAAGUGCACCGGAGAUGACAUGCAUUUGACACAAGGGUUUCAGAGGAAUGGCAGCAAAAGAUUCAAUUUUAAAGACUUUUGGUAUCUAUUGCUGCGGACAUCGCUCUACACAUUCCUGUGUCAGUGGAAGGGCUUGUUUUCGCAAAUCUUGUUUUACAUCCUAUUCCUGUUGUGCCUAACGUUUGCCUACAAUAGAAAUAUCGGCAAAAUUGACGGCUGUUUUAAUGCGGGCUCAUACAUGUAUAUGGACUACACGUGCGAUGAGAUCGUCGAGGAGAUGGGAAUACUGGAGCAAAACCUGUACCACCAGUACAUCGCAUCGGUAUCCGUAUAUACCAUACAUACGGCUAUUUCGACAUCAAAUUUCUUGCAUGAGAUGAAGAUAUUCACGACUGAACACCAAAAUAGAUGGUACGGCACCGGGUCGUACUACUGGGCCAAAGCUAUUGUCGAGCAGAUUCUGUCCGUAAUAUACGCCUACAUAUACACCAUAAUU